CUUCUCCCGCCAAAAGGAAAGUAAAUUCGGUGUGCACCUCGCAUGGCAAGGACGACGAAAGUGCUGAAGUGUGGCAUAAAAUUAUAGUUUUUACUAAUUUCGUGUUAUUUUUACGUUUCGGAACGUGUUAAAUUAAAUAUAGUUGUACCCUAGAUAAGUUGCAUUGUUGCGAAUGCGAGUUUUUCUGUGGUUUUAAAUUGUGAGAAAAAAAUAUAGAGAAUAGAUAAAGAGUAACAUGGUGAAAAUUUUGAGUUCCAGUGCAAGCAAGAUGUACCGAAAUUCCGAACAAUACAGCGAUUGUUCGAACCUGUUAAUGAAAGAAGUUCUACAAUCGUUCGACCUCCAUUUUGUACUAAAAACUUCCCCAGAUGAUCCUUCGUUGGAAGAACUUGAUCCUGCCAUCUUGAGCUGCGGUUUGCCGGCGAUCAUUCUGUCCGAUGUCCAGCCGGCAGUUUAUGUGCCUCCGAUAAGCUACUCGAUCGACCAGCUGCUAGCCAUUAGAAAGUCCUCGCUCUGUUCUCGACGCCCGGCCGCAGCAGACGAUCCCAAGGUUUCGGCAUUAGCUGUUUGGAGAACCAAUCCGAAUCCUCCCUCUUACCGUCGUGGCAAGAGGAACCCCACCGUCAACCCACAGCAGAACAACCAGAGCGAUCAAAACAGCGGAACCAGUAAAGAACAGUCGCCGGAACAAAUCGGCAAGUUUAGACAUCAUGGAACGGAAAACGGAUUCGUUGGGCCACGAUUCAGACGAAACUACGAAUUCAGCAGCAGUAAUCAUCAUGUCAUUGUUAAGAGUUACCGUUCCGAUAGUGACCAGCACCAUCUCCAAAACACCGUUAUCGAGGAAGAACCCGAAUGGGUAUCGGCUGGUCCUACCUCGCGCUUGGACACAAUAGAACUACGCGGCUUCGAUGAUGACCUGUCGGUUUCGCAAGCGUCUUCUGACAAGACUAGCAAUGGUGACGGCAAAAACUCCAGCAAGAACUCGGGAAAGCACAUCUCAUUCUACGACGAGCUUCACCAUUAUGAGCAUGUUCAUGCGAAGAAAAGUGGCGGUGGAAUUCUGAAGCCACACGAUUCAUCUGGCCGUGAAAAUGACGUUGAAAGCGUGACCACGUCCAAUACCGGUUCCCCUCCGCCGGCUCGAAGUACCCCAACGAAGCACAUGGCCGAGUUCAACCAUAUGAUGGAAGACGCCCAAAGACAUAACAGCGGAGUCAAUGUGAACAACUUUGAGGAGUUCAUGAAAUUUGAUUCAUUGCUCGGGUCUGAUUCAUCUCUUGCACCUAAUGUGCCGUCCGGAUCGCGAUUCAGCAAAUGGUUCCGCCGUAAUGGAAAUUCGUUCAACCCUUCUUCCGUUGGCAACGGUUAUGAGUCCCGCAGACAUUCCUUCCAUUUCCCAGCGGACAACGUUGCUCCGGCCAAUAACAGCCGUUACCCAGUGGACCGUAACUAUCCUCAGCAAUAUGGACCUCGUUUUAAUUCGUUCCCCAAUCAAGGACCAGGAGGAGAUCUGCCGCCGGAUUCGAACUCGGCCUUUAAGCGUCUGGUAGAUAUGAUGGCUCAAAAUCGUGCCAACAACAACCUGGUAGCUCAACAACAGCAAUAUCUACUGCAGAUGCUCAACAAGAAUCAGCAAAGCGAAAUUCUGCGUCGUAUGUUGAUCAAGAACACGGUGGACAAUGCAUCCGACGCUAAUCAACAGCCAGCAACGCAGACUCCACGUGUUCCGACUCAACUGGAGCUUCAGUUGCACACGCAGUCCAUCAUGCAGAAUGCCCUUCUCCGCAAGAAGUUGCAGGACCAGCGGAAAAUGAUUCUCGAUCAGAACAGCCAAAUGGCUGAAAUGAUGAUCGCAUCCGCGGGUAAAUCGAAACCGAAUGCCGAAGUUCAGCAGUUCGUCAAAUCAGUGUCCCCGAACAUUCAGCGCAGCUUGUCGCUUCUGAGUCAAACGACCAGCAAUAAUGGUGCAGGUAAUCAGUAUCGCUCAUUCAAUCAGACAUUCCCGGGGGGCAAUUCCACAAUGAACAAUCCGGCCUUCAACGGAGCAUCACAUCAGCAGCCUGAUCUGUCGGCUUCUUUGCGUCAAUUAUUGCUGCCCCACAAUCAGCAGCAAGGAUCGCGUCCUUAUGGGAAUCGACGUCGGUACGAAAAGCGUUCCGUCACAUGGAAACACCCCAACUAAGCGACCGAAGGCCGCGCAUUCCACAAAAUAUUAUCCCUCAUUGAUGCAACUGAUGAUCCUUUAGUUGGAAUACUGGUAUUUCGAGCAUCAUCUUCAAAUUCGCAAUUUUCGUUUCUCAUCAUUUAUGCGUGUCUUGUUUUUACUUACCUUUAAUUACUUAAAAAAAAGUGUCGCGUUUGUUUUUUUUUUUCUGUAUCCAACAUUUAUUUUACACCAAACGGCAUUAUUCGACUUCAGCGUUGUCGGUAAAGUCCUCGGGCACAGAUAUUUGCUAUUUCCUUCAUACACAUUAGGAAAGUAGUUUUAAGACGAUUGUGUGUACUUUGCAAGAACCAACGGUAGUUCUAUCCUAAAAUCAUAUUCCUUCAUAUUUUUUCCUAAGAACACUUAUCAUUGUUUGCUCACAAAUUUUUGUCACAUGAUUGUAUUAUUUCAGCAAGAAACAGAUACAUUAGUUUUAACAGACUGAAUUGGCUAUAGUGGAUUUACAUUUUGAAUCUAAGACUUAAUAAUAAAAUAUUGAAUUGUGCAA